CCCUCGUUUUAGCCCAUUGUUGGGACCCUUCCAGUCAGAACAGGGUCCAGGCUGGUGGAGAAGCGCUGCUCCUUCACUGCAGCCCAUCACAGGCAGAUUUCGCUCUUUUUAACCCGACGAGCUGAACGGCGCGAGUCACUCGCGAGCGGAGCGGAGCGGGACGGACUCUCUCUCUCCCUCACAGAAACUGAGCUACUGAGAGAAAAAACGGAGGAGAAAAGGAGAUGAGCGGUACGAUGGGUCCACGGCUCUCGGGGGACGCCGGUCUUUUUACAAACUGAAGGCUCUCCGCGGAUUUCUUCUUGUUUUUUCUCCCCUCUCCUCAGCGGAACUGGACUGGUGCGAGCCGCGCGCGCUGCCUGCUGCUUCGCUGUGUGGAUUUAGUGGGUUUCUGUUGGCCUCGCGAGCGCGCGAGCUCACAGCGAAGAGAGAGAGAAAGAGAGAGAGAGAGAAAGAGAGGAAGGAGAGGAAGGACAGCUGGACUUUGUGCGCUGUGUCGAGCGAGGAGCGCCUCUGACCCUGAGCGCCAGGUGGCCGCGCUCACAGAGACCCCCGGUUCAUCACGGCUGUGUUUUGAUGGAUUUCUAACGCUCACGGCUCCAGUCGCAGGCGGGCGUUUUGCGAGUUUCUGCGGAUUUUGGGGAGAUUGUUUUGAACCUGUGAGGCCAUCUCAGCCGAGGGAAACUAGAUAGAACCGGUGCCUUAUCGAACUUCUGGAGGGACCGGGCAAAGGGCAGAGAGAGGUCUCUGACUACAGAGGAAAACACUGAAGGUGCCAAUGCCUGGAGUCAGCAUUUAAAGCUCUCACUCUCAUCCACAUGCAAGACACAGAUUACCUCAGCAAAAUGUUGAGCAUCUAUAAGAUUGCCUUUUCCCUGUGCCUGGCAGAACUGGCAUUAUCAAGAAGUGUUGCACCAGAACUUCGCUCAAAAGAUCCUCGAGUAUCUCAGCCCACUUUUCAGCCAGGCUUCCCCGAGAACACCACAGUAAUGGUUGGAGGGCAGGCAAUGCUAGUGUGCAAAGUCCACCGGCCAGCCACAACACGCCUCCAGUGGUUCAAGAAGGAGAACGAUGGCCUGAGGCAUGAUGGAUCACCGCUUCUUAAGGCUCUGACUCCUCUUCAAAAGAGCAUCUCCAAAGUCAACAUUCUUCCUCUAGUGAAUGUCUCCUUGGAAGAUGCAGGAGAGUAUAUAUGCAUGGCAGAGAACUCUGCUGGACAAGCUACUCGUUCAGUUUGGGUGGAAGUCUUAUCAGAAACGCUUCAUUCUCAGUCCAUGGCCGUGCCUGAGGCACCAACAGAAGUUUCUGAGGAGCUGAAUGAAGAGACAUCAGAACACCUCCUCCUAGAGCCUGGUGAUGUGCUGAAACUGCGUUGCGACACAAAUCGUCCCGGAGCUCUUCACUGGUUCAAAGGAGAUGUGCGGUUGCAGCAUAGCUCUCGCAUCCAGAUUAGAGCGGGAGUCAUGGAGAUUGCAGAUGUAACAUAUGAGGACUCAGGGGUGUAUGUGUGUAUGCUGCGUGGAACCAGAGAAGCUCUGCGCAACUUCACCAUCACAGUAGCAGAUGCACUGGGAUCCGGAGAUGAUGAUGAAGACAAUGGUCUAGAAGAUCCUUCUACAGAGACCGAAAAUGACCAAGUCUACUUCUCCAGAGCGCCAUACUGGACCCAUAUUCACCGAAUGGAGAAAAAACUUUAUGCUGUCCCAGCUGGAAACACAGUUAAGUUUCGCUGCCCAGCUACAGGAAGCCCUCUGCCCACAAUCCGCUGGCUGAAAAAUGGAAGAGAAUUCAGGGGAGAGCACAGGAUUGGAGGGAUCAAGCUACGACAUCAGCACUGGAGUCUGGUCAUGGAAAGUGUGGUGCCCUCAGACCGUGGGAACUACACUUGUGUGGUGGAGAACAAAUACGGCUCCAUUGCUCAUAGCUACCUCCUGGACGUUCUGGAGCGCUCUCCUCACAGGCCCAUUCUGCAAGCUGGUCUGCCAACCAACACUACAGCAAUAGUAGGAGGAGAUGCCCAGUUCCUCUGUAAGGUCUACAGUGAUGCCCAGCCACACAUCCAGUGGCUAAAGCACAUUGAGUUGAAUGGUAGUCGUUACGGGCCUGAUGGCACACCCUACGUGAAAGUUGUCAAGACAGGCAGCUUAAACAUGUCUGAAGUGGAGGUUCUGUAUCUGACAAAUAUCACAUUGGAAGAUGCUGGAGAGUACACCUGCUUAGCUGGAAACUCUAUUGGUUUCUCUUACCAGUCUGCAUGGCUCACUGUCUUAUCAGAGGAAGAGGUGGCCAAAGAAAUGGACCUCAUGGAGACCAAAUACACAGACAUCAUAAUCUAUGCCUCAGGCUUCCUUGCAUUGGUGAUGGCUAUCGUGAUUGUGGUCUUGUGCCGGAUGCAGGUCCACACUACCCGAGAGCCCUUUGAUGCUCUCCCUGUGCAGAAACUUUCCAAAUUUCCUCUACGGAGACAGUACUCUGUGGAGUCCAACUCCUCUGGGAAGUCCAGUGCCUCUCUAAUGAGGGUGGCUCGUCUUUCCUCCAGCUGCUCUCCAAUGCUGGCUGGAGUCUUGGAGAUUGAACUGCCCUAUGAUCCUGACUGGGAGUUUCCAAGAGAGAAUUUAACCCUGGGGAAACCUCUUGGUGAGGGCUGUUUCGGUCAGGUGGUGAGAGCAGAAGCUUAUGGGAUAAACAAAGAUAAUCCAGAUCAAGCAACCACUGUAGCAGUCAAAAUGCUUAAAGAUGAUGCAACUGACAAAGACUUGGCUGACCUUAUCUCAGAGAUGGAGCUUAUGAAGGGCAUGGACAAGCACAAGAACAUCAUAAAUCUCCUUGGUGUUUGCACUCAGGAUGGUCCGCUGUAUGUGCUGGUUGAGUAUGCUUCUAAAGGAAGCUUGCGGGAGUAUUUGCGAGCACGUCGUCCUCCUGGCAUGGAUUACACUUUUGAUGUGACCAAAGUUCCCGAGGAACAGCUCACAUUCAAGGACCUGAUCUCUUGUGCCUACCAAGUGGCGCGAGGCAUGGAGUACCUGGCCUCUAAAAGGUGCAUUCACAGAGAUUUAGCAGCAAGGAAUGUUCUUGUCACAGAAGACAACGUCAUGAAAAUUGCAGAUUUUGGCUUGGCAAGAGGAGUACAUCAGAUUGAUUACUACAAGAAAACCACCAAUGGACGUCUGCCAGUGAAAUGGAUGGCACCAGAGGCCUUGUUUGACAGAGUCUACACACACCAGAGCGACGUUUGGUCAUUUGGGGUCUUGAUGUGGGAGAUUUUCACACUGGGAGGCUCACCAUACCCUGGAAUCCCAGUAGAGGAGCUCUUUAAACUGUUGAAGGAAGGUCAUCGCAUGGACAAACCCUCCAACUGCACACAUGAGCUCUACAUGAAGAUGAGAGAAUGCUGGCAUGCAGUUCCAACGCAAAGGCCAACUUUUAAACAGCUGGUGGAAGAGCUUGACAGAGUGUUGCUAUCCAUUUCAGAUGAAUAUCUGGACCUGUCCACCCCUUUUGAACAGUAUUCGCCAUCUUGUGAGGACACUUCCAGCUCUUGCUGUUCAGACAAUGAUUCAGUGUUUACCCAUGAUGCUUUGUCCACCGAUCCUUGCCUGCUUGGUUAUCACGAUGUGCGCUCACGGAUAGACCUGAAGACAACAUUACGAUAGAGUCUCAGCAGGCAGAGGACUUCAGUUCGAGGAUAUCAAACAGCUUUGAAAACACUCACAGGAGAAGCGGUACAAGGACUUUGGCCUUCGUUGCUCUGCCCAAGAACAUUAUAACAAUGCUUGGCACUACAAAACUUGGUGACAACAAAUGGCUGCCUCUGAUAAUCAUGUUUCUAAUACAGUAACUGGACUGCCUGGGCAUGAAGCUAUUUAGUCUCGGUUUCCAUUGAGGAGGAUGGAUGCUGCUUACCAUGUAUAAAGUUCCUAGUAUUUAAGCAGCAUAGACAGUGGUGUGUUGUGAAACCAGAUUUUUUUUAAAGAGAACAUUUAUUUUGAUAUAAAAAGCUGAUAGCAUUGUUAAAUAUAAAUUCUCUCUAUAUAAGAUUAUUCUACAUUUUUCUAUUUAAAGAGUUGUCUUAAGUCUCAGGAUUUCGCAUGGUAAAAUUGCUGUAGUGGCAGCAAAGUGCCUGGAUUUUGAUUUCCUGUGAAUAUCUUAAAAUAUUUUCUGUACAUAUCAUUAAAUAAGACAAUUACAUUUUAUAAAUUAUUCUAAAAGAUAUGAAGUGAAGGUGUUACUUGGGUGAAUAACUUAAAUUUGCAUUGACACCAUACAAGAAAAUAUGCCUGAACCUUUAUUGUUAAUUCCAGGAGCACAAUUGCAAUAGCUUUUGUAUACUGCUCAGCCUAUUGUAUGCUGCCAUGGCUAACCAGUCAGGACUCAGUUCACUAUGGUUUAGUUUACAUAUAGACAGUUUGCAAGCAUGGUGUGACUGCUCCCCUCACAAAAGCAGAGCACCAUUCAAACCAAGACAAUUGCAGGGACCAGUGAAGCUUCCACUGUCAGUGCUGUACAGUGAGAAAAGGGCUGGAUAGAAUGUGAAAACCACCCUUGAGAUUGAUUGAUUUUAAAUGGGAGAAUCCUUCUUUGUUUAGCUGUAACCUUUUACCUAGCACAGUCUGUUUGCCGAGUCCAAGCGCAGGCUAAGGUGGACAAUAGGCCCAUGCAGUUGUAAUGGGUGUGACUGCAUGGCAGGGUGAUUGGGGGGCUGUGAGCCUGUGUGCAAAUGAGGGAGCCUCUUAGUAUGGUAAUGGAUCCAGCUGCCCAUCUUUCUCCUGCACCAUCUUUUUAAUAUACAAAUGCUAAUGCUGGCCUUUCUGAGUCAACUCAGUGCACUGUUCUUCAGGGAAUGCAAGGCCUCACCCACAAGCUGAUAAGAAAGCAAGGGUUUUUCUCAAGUUAAUUUUCUCAGUGCUUUGCAUUUUCAGUCAGGGAUGCUCCUGCAAGUCCCUAUGGGCACAUUUGGGCCUACCACGUGCGCAUUAGAAUGACUCAGUCAUCCAGUAUCCCUUUUGUGCACAGGGGUGAAAUUUGUUUGGUGUGUCAUCAUUUCAGAAGUGUGAUAUUUUGUAACCUACCACUAGGGCUCGAACUCUCCAAAUUUGGCAGCUACGCCAGUGCUUGACCACCAACUAUAAAUACAACCUCAUAUGAACUCUUAGGAGCUUGGCAUCACUUUAUUUGGGCCUAAAAGUCGAAAUUUCUUUGUCUGAGAUGAAGAAAGCAGAAGGUCUGAAUAAUGAACUCCAUUACAUUCCAUUUAUAUACUCCCCAUUCAAUUUGUAACAAUCAACAAUGUUCUUAUGCAUUUUCCCUUGAGAGAAUUAUUUUAGAAAUAUCUAAUUUAUUUGUUUAUUGUGCUGUUUUAUAUUAAAUAAAGGAUAAUUUAAA